CUUUUGCCUUGGGAGCUGAUAGAAGCAGAGGCCUCUCCAUUUCUCCAGCAACCCCCUGGUUUUCAGGAAACAAAAAAAUGGAUCCCACUGGGGAAAUGAAGGAUGAACUCAGGCUUUACCAGUCGACUCUUCUUCAGGAUGGCCUGAAGGAACUUCUUGAUGAAAAUAAAUUUGUAGAUUGCUUCUUAAAGGCUGGUGACAAAAGCCUCCCAUGCCACAGGCUGAUCCUUGCUGCCUGCAGCCCUUAUUUCCGGGAGUUCUUCCUAUCUGAUGAAGCUGAGGAGAAGAAGAAAAAUGUGGAAUUAGACAAUGUCGACCCAAGCACAAUGGAAGCCAUCCUUAAAUAUCUCUAUUCUGCUGAUAUUGACCUUAAUGACAGCAAUGUGCAAGAUAUUUUUGCUUUGGCCAGUCGCUACCAAAUCCCAUCUGUUUUCACAGUGUGUGUGACUUAUCUUCAGAGAAGGCUUUCUCCCUCCAAUUGUUUGGCCAUCUUUAGAUUGGGCCUUCUUCUAGAUUGUCCACGCUUGGCUGUUACCGCCCGCGAUUAUGUCUGUGAUCGCUUCAUGCAGAUCUGCAAUGAAGAAGACUUCCUGCAGCUUGCCCCACAUGAGUUAAUUGCAGUCAUUUCCAGUGAUGCCUUAAAUGUGGAAAAGGAAGAACUGGUGUUUGAGGCAGUGAUAAGAUGGGUUCAAACAGACAAGGAAAACAAAGAAAAGAGCCUCUCUGAUCUCUUUGACUGCAUUAGAUUCCGCUUGAUGCCUGAAAAAUAUGUUAUCGAUCGGGUAGAAAAGCAUGACAUCAUCAAAGCCAAUCCUGAUAUAGUUAAAAAAGUUAAGAUUGUUAAGGAUGCCUUUGCCGGUAAACUCCCUGAGGGCUCCAAAGGCAAAGAGAAUUCGAGCGAAGAAGGAGCAGACGGCGACAUUGGAGAUGAAGAUUUACUCCCUGGGUAUUUGAAUGACAUUCCCAGACAUGGUAUGUUUGUCAAAGAUAUGAUGCUUUUAGUUAGCGACACAGCAGCUGUGGCUUACGACCCCCUUGAAAAUGAGUGCUUCUUGGUCGGACUGUCGGAACAGAUUCCAAGAAACCAUUCUAGCAUAGUCACCAAAUCCAACCAAGUCUACGUCAUCGGUGGCCUCUAUGUGGAUGAGGAGAACAAAGAUCAACCAUUGCAUUCAUAUUUCUUUCAGCUUGACAGCAUUGCUGGCGACUGGAUUGGACUCCCGCCACUCCCAUCAGCAAGAUGCCUGUUCGGCCUGGGCGAGGCAGAUGACUGCGUUUAUGCCAUUGCUGGCAGGGACCUGCAGUCAGAAGAGUCGCUAGAUUCUGUGUUCUGUUACGAUACCAAGGCUGUAUCUUGGACAGAAGUGAAGAAGCUCCCGGUCAAGGUCUAUGGGCAUUCUGUGGUGUCACACAAUGACCAAAUCUACUGUCUUGGUGGGAAAACAGAGGACAAGACAUGCACUGGAAGAAUGUUUGUAUUCAGUCCAAAGAAAGGGGAAUGGAAGGACCUGCCACCCAUGAGAACUUCCCGCUCCAUGUUUGGGGUCACUGUGCACAAAGGGAAGAUAUUCGUUGCUGGAGGUGUCACAGAGGAAGGCCUGACUGCAUCAGUGGAAUCCUAUGAUAUUGCUACUAACAAGUGGGAAACACUUGCUGAAUUCCCUCAGGAGAGAAGUUCCAUUAACUUGAUCAGUGUGGGCGGGUCUCUAUAUGCUGUUGGAGGAUUUGCUAUGAUUCAGCUGGAAUCUAAGGAGUUUGCACCAACUGAAGUCACUGAUGUUUGGAAAUACGAAGAUGAUAAGAAGGAAUGGAGCGGGAUGCUGAAGGAGCUCCGAUAUGCCUCAGGAGCCACUUGCUUAGACAUGCGUCUUAACCUUUUCAAACUGACUAAGUUGUAAGGCUGGGAUGCUGCGACGUUGGGUCACAAAAAAUUGUACAGACAUUUCUAGUUAAAUUAAUAAAAACAUGAUUGUGUAUGGAUUUUUAAAUGUAAGUGGUAAGAAAAAAAAGUGUUGAUACUAGAAAAGAACUCUGCUUCUGCUGUAUGGAUACAGGGGUGUCUUUUCUGUCAGUGUUGUGUUGGUUCAUCUGUGAGAGGAAUCACUUUGUACAGUCACCAUAUGGUUUGUAGCAGGUGUAACCCGACAAAUAGCAUAACAGCUGCUUCAGAAUCACCAGGUUCUGACUGGUGCUGCCUUUCUAACCUCCUUAUAAACACAAGAGGUGUCUGAAUAGAGAUGUUCCCAUAUUACUUAGUUGGCAGGGCCCCCACUUCAAGGAGUCCACCAUUCUAAAUCCUCUGACAGAUUAGUCCCUUUGGGGGCUGUAGCUGUGCCAAUCAGGCCACACCAAAUUUCAGACAAAAAUUCCAGUGACUCCCAUCUGCCCUGCCCCUCCAUCCCCCCAAAUAUCAGCCUGGUUAAAAAUAUGACAAUGGCUUAGGUAUGUAAAAGUUAAAAAUGACAAGAUGGAAAGCAGGUAUAUUUUAAAAUCAAAUGCAAGGCUGCCAAGAUGUGAUCCAUUGAGAUCAAUAAAUAAAGUUGGAUUGCUUCCAACUGUAGCAGCAAAUCUCUUCCAAAUGCCACCAUGACUGCCCAGUGGCACCCCCUACAAAAACUUAGCUUUCUGCUGCUCAAAGCAGUCUAACACUCCGAUGAAGUGACACAUCAUUCUGCUUUGAUAAAUGUGUCAAUUCGUUAACACUUGAAAGUCAGGAAUGUAAGUAUGCUAAAAUUCCAAGUGUGGCAAGACUUUAGGUUUCCUUGCUUGGAAUUUAAAUAAAUUGUUACCUUAGUUGUUAUUCUUUUACACCUUACUUUAUAGAACCCAUGAGUGGACGACCCCUGCUAGUUGUGACAGAAUUUUGGCUUGUAGCAUCUCUUGCCUGUAUUUGAUAUUCAUCAUAUGUAGAGUAUUCAAGGAGCACCAGGACUGCCUCUUUAUUAAAUCUCACUUUUAUUACUUCCAUUAAAAGCUGUAUAAAAAAAA